AAAAAAAAAUUUAGGGCGGGCACAACACGUACGCUUCUUCGUUCUUCCCCAGUUUAGACGUUUUUGUGAUCUGUCGUCACUCGUCGCCAAGUGUUUUUUUUUUGUUGUGUCGUCUUUAACUUCAAAUUAAAUUAAAAAAAAAAAGUCUUAAACAACAAACAAGGAAAAAGAAAAAGGAACUAGUCUUUUACAUAUAGAUUUGGUUGGUUUGUUUAAUGAAUCAGAGUUUGUUCCUUUUGGUCUCUCCAGAUCCCUAGGGUUUCCUUCUUCUUCUUCCUCGUGACUCUGUUUUGGAUUACUUAGGGUUUUUAAUAUUUCAGAAAAAAUGGGUGAUUGGGCUCAGCUUGCUCAGUCUGUGAUCAUAGGUCUGAUCUUCUCCUAUCUUUUAGCUAAGCUCAUCUCGAUCGUCGUCACGUUUAAAGAAGACAACCUCUCCCUUACUCGCCACCACGAUCCUGAACCGGGAUUGAAGAAUCUUAAACCGGAGGUUGACUCGCGCCGCAUCGAGUCUUCUACCGGUGAGGCUGACUCGCUCGUCGCGGAGCAGGGUAGCUCCAGAGGCGAUAGCGUCGCUGGUGACACCGAGGAUGAAGACGAUGAUUGGGAAGGCGUUGAGAGCACGGAACUCGACGAGGCUUUCAGCGCCGCUACUCUCUUUGUGACUACCGCCGCCUCGGAUCGGCUGUCGCAGAAGGUGCCUAGCGAGGUUCAGCAGCAGCUUUACGGAUUGUAUAAGAUCGCUACGGAAGGGCCUUGUACUGCUCCUCAGCCUUCUGCUCUCAAAAUCACUGCUCGUGCCAAGUGGCAAGCAUGGCAGAAACUGGGUGCUAUGCCUCCUGAAGAAGCGAUGGAGAAGUAUAUUGAGAUUGUCACUCAGCUCUACCCAACUUGGUUGGACGGUGGCGUGAAAGCCGGAAGUGCAAGUAAGGAUGAGGCAGUCUCCAACACAGGUGGAACCAUGGGGCCAGUUUUUAGCUCAUUGGUUUAUCAAGAGGAAUCCGAAAAUGAGUUGAAGAUUGAUGCCAUCCACGAAUUUGCUAGAGAAGGAGAAGUCGAGAAUUUGCUUAAAAGCAUUGAAAGCGGCAUUCCUGUAAAUGCAAAGGACAGUGAAGGUCGCACACCAUUGCACUGGGCUAUAGACCGUGGCCACUUCGAAAUUGCUAAGCUUCUGUUCGAUAAGAACGCUGAUGUGAAUGCUAAGGACAACGAAGGCCAAACUCCUUUGCAUUACGCUGUUGUCUGCGACAGAGAAGCCAUCGCCGAGUUCUUGGUGAAGCAGAAAGCUAACACAACCUCUAAAGAUGAUGACGGAAACACCCCGCUUGAUCUCUGUGAAUCAGACUGGCCCUGGCUCAGAGAGACUGCAAAUCAGACAGACUAAAACUAAAUACUAACCACAGAGAGAGAUGCCGCCUCUUCUCUACUUCCGCAAUGUAUAUGAUGAAGUCACUUAGUAAGAAGCUUUCCUUUAAACUUUGACUCUCAUCUCUACCAUAUCGUUUCCAACAGUAACUCACUUGGAUGUUUCAGAGUCUUGUCCUUAUAUUGCAACAAUCUUUUGUUCCCUCAGGUUUAUGAAACACAUAUCGUAACCGGUUUUUAUUGGUUUGCUAUAUAAAGAGAGGGUUUUUUUUUU